UUGGAGGCGUGUCCUUAGUGAGUCGUUCGCGGAAAGCACAGUCACAGUCCCCGGCAGUUCAAGUGUCAACCAGCCCGGUCUCCUCCGCACAUCAACCGGUACCAAAAAAAAAAAAAAAAAAAGCUAGCGGUGUGCAGUAGACUGCCGGCAGGUGAAAUGGACGAACCUUCGGAACAAAUGAGGCCCCUCUUGAGAGCAGGCCUAGAUGAGGAGGCACUAGUUGACCACGGGAAGACCAGCUUCACCACUCACACAAACUAUGAAAAGGAAGAUCUGGAAAGCCACAGAGCAGUAUAUGUAGGUGUCCAUGUUCCUCUUGGAAGGGAGAGCAAACGGAGGCAUCGCCACCGAGGACACAAACAUCACCGAAAGAAGAAAGAGAAAGACUCCGAGGAGGGGAAGGACGAUGGCAGAGAAUCCCCAACAUAUGACACACCAUCCCAGCGUGUCCAGUUCAUCCUGGGUACGGAGGACGAUGACCUCGAGCACGUCCCCCAUGACCUCUUCACUGAGCUGGACGAGCUCUCCUUCAGAGAUGGCACUGCCACUGAAUGGAAGGAGACUGCCAGAUGGUUGAAGUUUGAAGAGGAUGUAGAAGAUGGCGGGGAGAGGUGGAGUAAGCCUUAUGUGGCUACCUUGUCAUUACACAGUUUAUUUGAACUGCGUAGCUGCAUACUCAAUGGCACAGUCAUGCUGGAUAUGAGAGCCAACAGCAUCGAGGAAAUUGCAGACAUGGUGAUAGACAGCAUGGUGGCCACAGGCAAGCUGAAGGAGGAUUUGCGCGCCAAGGUGCGGGAAGCCAUGCUGAAGAAACACCACCACCAGAAUGAGAGAAAGCUCAGCAAUCGCAUCCCUCUGGUGCGCUCCAUUGCUGACAUAGGCAAGAAACAUUCUGACCCACUCUUGCUUGAAAAAAACGGAGAGGGCCUGUCCUCUUCACGCCUCUCUCUCCACAAGCCAGGGGCAGCCUCCUCUGUCUCCAACCUCUCCCAGAGACGAGAGUCAAGAGUCUCCGUCCUGCUCAACCAUCUCCUGCCCUCUUCUUCCUCCAACAGUGGGCCCGCCCCAGGCCCCUCACCCCUCUCCACCCCUCAAAGUACCCCUUCUACCUUCCGGCGCUCCUCCCCAAGCCCACCACGCGCCCAUGGCACAGGUCUUGGCCCUCAAGGUAUCCCUGAGGUGGUGGUAUCGCCUCCAGAGGAUGAUGAUCCACCAAACUCCACUGAAGAAGAGGCAGCAUCACCACAGCUCAGCCGGCGAGCAUCCUUGGCAUCCCAGGGCCUCGAGUUGCUGCCCUUAGAAGGACCACUUGUAUCUCCAAAUUCUGUCCCAAACAACCUGGAUGGCAACAAGGCAGUGGAGAGGAGGCCGUCCAAAGUAGGGGUCAGUAGAGAAAGCAGCAGUGUCGACUUCAGCAAGGUCGACAUGAAUUUCAUGAAAAAGAUUCCUCCAGAUGCGGAAGCUUCCAACGUACUGGUGGGAGAAGUGGACUUCCUGGAGAAGCCCAUAAUUGCUUUUGUACGACUCUCCCCUGCGGUCCUUAUCACAGGGCUCACAGAGGUUCCUGUGCCCACGAGGUUUCUCUUCCUGCUAUUGGGUCCUCAUGGCAAAGCGCCCCAGUACCAUGAGAUUGGCAGAUCCAUGGCUACACUAAUGACAGAUGAGAUUUUCCAUGAUGUGGCAUACAAAGCCAAAGACCGAACAGACCUCCUCUCGGGGAUAGAUGAGUUCCUAGAUCAAGUGACUGUCUUGCCUCCUGGAGAAUGGGACCCCACAAUCCGGAUUGAGCCCCCCAAAAAUGUCCCAUCUCAGAUGAAGAGGAAAAGACCGUCCAAGCCGAACGGCACUGCAUCUCCAGCUGGAGAGCUAGAAAAUGAGGAGGACCUUCACACAGGGCCUGAGCUGCAGAGGACUGGGAGGAUAUUUGGAGGUCUGGUUCUGGACGUCAAGCGGAAGUUUCCAUUCUACUGGAGCGACAUUAGAGACUCCUUCAGUCUGCAGUGUCUAGCCUCCAUCCUGUUCCUCUACUGUGCCUGCAUGUCCCCUGUCAUCACAUUUGGAGGUCUGCUUGGGGAGGCAACAAAAGGCAACAUAAGUGCCAUAGAGUCUCUGUUCGGGGCCUCAAUGACAGGAGUAGCAUACUCCCUCUUCGCAGGCCAGCCCCUCACAAUUCUUGGCAGCACAGGACCUGUUUUAGUGUUUGAGAAGAUCCUCUUCAAGUUCUGCAAUGACUAUGGCCUGUCCUACCUUUCACUGCGGACGAGCAUUGGUCUGUGGACAGCCUUCCUGUGUUUGGUCUUGGUGGCCACAGAUGCUAGCUCCCUGGUCUGCUACAUCACCCGAUUCACAGAGGAGGCCUUUGCUGCACUCAUCUGCAUCAUCUUCAUCUACGAAGCUCUGGAGAAGCUCUUUCACCUGGGAGAACACUACCCUGUCAACAUGCACAACAACUUGGAGAACCUUACACUGUAUUCGUGUCAGUGCUCUCCACCAAUCAACACCACUGAAAACCUCAUCCAGCAGUGGAACAACACAGGAUACAGCCCAGACUCCAUCCCCUGGAGCAGCCUCAAUGUUUCGAUGUGCAAGAAUCUCCAUGGGGAGUUUGUAGGUGCUGCGUGUGGUCAUCACGGGCCCUACAUCCCAGAUGUUCUCUUUUGGUCCAUCAUCCUCUUCUUCACCACCUUCUUCCUGUCCUCCUUCCUUAAGCAGUUUAAGACAGAGAGAUAUUUUCCCACUAAGGUGCGAUCCACUAUCAGUGACUUCGCUGUGUUUAUAACCAUCAUGAUCAUGGUGCUGGUGGACUAUCUAAUGGGGAUCCCCUCUCCUAAACUGAAUGUCCCUGACCGCUUUGAGCCAACUUCAAAGAACCGAGGCUGGCUGAUGGACCCGUUAGGAGAAAACCCCUGGUGGACGCUGCUGGUGGCUGCACUUCCCGCCCUGCUCUGCACCAUCCUCAUCUUUAUGGACCAGCAAAUCACUGCGGUCAUCAUCAACCGCAAGGAGCACAAGCUCAAGAAAGGCUGUGGCUAUCACCUGGACCUGCUUGUAGUGGCAAUUAUGUUGGGUGUGUGCUCCAUUAUGGGCCUGCCAUGGUUUGUGGCGGCAACUGUCCUCUCCAUCUCCCACGUUAAUAGCCUGAAGCUGGAGUCUGGCUGCUCUGCUCCAGGAGAACAGCCCAAGUUCCUGGGCAUACGGGAGCAGCGGGUCACUGGAUUCAUGAUCUUUGUCCUCAUGGGUUGUUCUGUUUUCAUGACCUCAGCGCUGAAGUUCAUUCCUAUGCCAGUCCUGUAUGGAGUCUUUCUCUACAUGGGUGUAUCCUCCCUUAAAGGCAUUCAGUUCUUUGACAGAAUCAAGCUGUUUGGCAUGCCUGCCAAGCACCAGCCCGACCUGAUCUAUUUGCGCUAUGUGCCGCUGUGGAAGGUCCACAGCUUCACUCUGGUGCAGCUCACCUGUCUGGUGCUGCUCUGGGUCAUCAAGGCCUCUGCAGCAGCUGUUGUGUUUCCCAUGAUGGUUCUGGCGCUGGUGUUCAUCCGUAAGCUUCUAGACUUUUUCUUCACCAAGAGAGAACUGAGUUGGUUGGAUGACUUGAUGCCAGAAAGCAAGAAAAAGAAAGAGGAUGACAAGAAAAAGAAAGCGCGUGAAAAACUGGAAGCAGAGUCCAGACUGCAGCAGGUAGAGGAGAUGGGGCUCAAGGUCAGCUUGGAAAGCUCAAACCUGCUCACUAUCCCAGUGAAAACGCUCUCAGGGAGUUCUGAUUCUGACCCGUUGGUUGUAAAUAUCUCUGAUGAAAUGGCCAAAACUGCAGCAUGGAAAGCCGUGAACUCGAGUGCAGAGUCAUUUGCCCAACCUGUGAAGCGUAGUGGAAGCCAGGAGAAGGUGGCCUGCGUUAGAGUCGACGUCAGUCCAGAUACACCAGGAGGAAGUUCCACCGUCGAGACCUUCCUGUGAUAAAGGGAGGCGCUCCUUACCCUCCUGACACGUCCUCCCGCGCAACACUCCGGCCCGCCGACGGGCACCAUCUUCGUGGCAAAGGGGGCAUAGAACUGGAGCAGCACAACCUGCCUGCGGAGUUCCCUUCCUCAGGGCAGCAGGCGAGCUCCCCCAGGGCUGUGAGUCCUACUCCACUCGAGUCUGGAAGUGUGAAGCACAUGUACAAACCGCUGCCAUCACUACGUACUGUAGAGCACGCAUUCUCCGAGGGAGGAAUGAAGAAAAUCUGCUGUAACUGCCCACCGACACUCACUGUUUAGGAACUCUCUCAAAAUAGCAAUUUGUCAUCCAGUAAAGCCACAGAUGCCAAAGGAACGGGCCUCACUGGUGGGGAUCUUGGACUGUGUGAAUUCAAUUUUGCUUAUUAACCCACUGUAUAUUUUGAUUUCAAUUUUACUCCUUCUUAUUUAAGUUGUUUCCAGUACUGUAUAUUUUUUGGGUUUUUUGACGCUCACACGUCAUGAGCUGUCCUGCACUGUUUGUUUCCAUGUAUUUCAAGAUUCACCAAUACCAGCUUCACAAACCCCAUUUGAUUAAAGCCAUUCAGGUACUGUCAGUGUCAGAUUGAUCAUAUUUCAUAAGGAGUCUGGCACAAACCAAAACAGAGGUACAUACAGACACUACAACACAACAGUACUACUGCAAACGUGUUUGUAGAACUCGCUCAUGAAUCAUCUCUGCUGUCUGCAGGGCGACACUCAGUAUUAAUAUUGCUGCUCAUUAGUUGGUCAGUUGUUUUCCUUAUAAACCUCACUGUUCAUAUUCUAUGUGAUGUUAUAGAAAUAUUAUGUAUGUAUGUAUGUAUGUAUGUAUGUAUGUAUACUAUGUUCUUUUCAUUUGUAACAUAGAAAACCUACUUCAGAGGCCAUAUGAAGUCUGUACUGUACAGUAAGCACUUUGUCAGUAUAGUUUCUUAUCUGAAAUGGAUGACAGUGUGUUCAUAAAACUCCUCCCACCGUUCCUAUAGAGCUGUUGUUCAAAUGUCAGUUAAACAACUCAGGAAUCUUGACUGAUUUCUGGCUGCGGUCACUUUUGUCACAAGGUGGUGAUAAUUAACUGUCCACUGUAUUCCGUUUCAUCGCUGGUAUCACAACUAUUUUUAAUAAAUGCUGUAAAUCAUAAAAUAUAACAAGGUGCAAAACAAAAAAAAGAGACUAUUCGUGACCCCGGUUAGUUGCACCUGGUUUUUAUACUGUCUGUAUUAUUGUUAGUAAUAGUGUGUGUGUGUGUGUGCGUGCGUGUGUGUGUGGUGUAAAGAUAAUUUGUUGCAAAUCAUUUUAUGCAAAUAUUUCUACAGUAAAUGUAAGAAAACCUAUUCUAUUCUAUGAAGUUGUUCUUAUUUUGCUAAGUGCAGUCGUGUUUUAGCAAUAAGUAUCCCAUACUGUGUCAUGUAUGAACUCGUGAACCCGGGCAGAGGACAAUGUGUCGGUUUCAUCAGCUGUCUGUGUGUAGCUACAGUGAAAUAUACAGACAAUAGCUUACGUGCCUUGUCGGAGCGCUUUGUGUUGCAAGUCAUGUACUGAUAAUUGAAGUGUUCAGAGCAGGUGUACAGUGGCGCACAAAUGCCAAAGACAGAUCACUCAUUUUACGAGAGUGAAGCAGUACACGGCUCAGAGAGCUUGCAGAGGCUUUUGUAUGUCGUAGUGUUAGUCCACGUCCAUGUGACAGUCGUAGCCUGAGCUACCGACUCAAAGCGAUGUUACUCGGUUCGUCCUCCUUUUACAGAUGUACUCUGAAUACUGUUUCUAUGUGUGUGUUCUACUGUCACAGCUCUAGUAUUUGCUCACAACAUAAAAAAGCUGUAAACUAUA